UUUCGUCGAUGCUGCUGGCUGCUGGCUUCAAACGUGAGGAGACUUUCUUGUCAGGGCUGUGCCGAUGAACGGCGAUAGCGCGCUGUAGCGUAGUAUAGACGCGGAAUGACUUACUCGGAGCGAAUUCAUGUAUCGGCACAGCCGGAGCAAAAUUGACAGCAGAGCCGAGCGGUGCGAGCGCGUCAAAAUUGUCAGAUAACGUGAGAGCAGCCCCGCUCGAGUGUGCCGUCGCCACGGAGACGAGGAACACGACGUCCGAGCACCAUCCUUCGGGGCGACGAGACCUGCGGCGAUGGCCCUGCACAGGACGACCGUGUUUCGACUCAGGACAGGUGUGCGGUGUGUGUGGCUGGCCUGCGCCGUGUUUUUCUGCCUAGUGGAUCGGACCGAGCCCGCCGAGUCUCCCGUUUACACCAACCAAAUUGCUGUUGAGAUACACGGUGGUCCUGCGGAGGCAGACCGUGUCGCUCAUCGGCACGGGUUUAUCAACCGAGGACAGGUUGGAUCUCUAGAAAACUACUACUUAUUUGAGCAUCACGCUAUACGCAAACGUUCCAUAAAAGCAAGUCACGCUCACCAUAAUGUUCUGCAGAAAGACGAACAAGUGCGGUGGUUUGAGCAGCAAACUGUCAAACGAAGAGUCAAGCGAGACGUCCACCUGGACGAAAUACGCUACCAGGAGUUCCAUCGUUCCUAUCGAAUCUUCUCAGACCCACUCUAUGAAAAGCAGUGGUACCUGAAUGGUGGAGCGAUCGGAGGCCACGACAUGAAUGUUGCACCAGCUUGGGAACGAGGUUACACAGGGAAAGGCGUCGUGGUGACCAUACUAGAUGAUGGAAUCCAAACCAACCACCCAGACUUGGUUCAGAAUUAUGAUCCUUAUGCGAGCACAGACAUCAAUGACCAUGAUGAUGAUCCCAUGCCUCAAGAUAACAAUGACAACAAGCAUGGGACACGGUGUGCAGGAGAAGUGGCAGCAACGGCCCUUAAUGAGUACUGCGGAGUUGGGGUUGCCUACAAUGCCAGCAUCGGAGGGGUGCGUAUGCUGGACGGCACAGUGACCGAUGAAGUGGAAGCCCGUGCCCUCAGCUUGAAUCCAAACCACAUCGACAUCUACAGUGCUUCGUGGGGCCCCGAAGAUGACGGCAAAACUGUUGAUGGCCCAGGAAAACUAGCCAAGCAGGCUUUCUUUCAAGGCAUUGCCAAGGGUCGCCGUGGUCUGGGUUCAAUCUUUGUCUGGGCUUCUGGUAAUGGCGGACGAUUCAAUGACAACUGCAAUUGCGAUGGCUACACCAACUCCAUCUACACACUGUCCAUCAGUAGUGCCACCCAACAUGGCUCCAAGCCUUGGUACCUUGAGAUGUGCUCCUCCACUCUUGCCACUACUUAUAGCAGUGGUUCACCAGGCAAGGAUGCCAAUGUGGUGACGGUUGACAUGGACCUCUCGUUUCGGCUUAAACCUAAUACUGACACAUUAUGCACCCAAGCACAUACAGGAACAUCAGCAUCUGCUCCAUUGGCAGCUGGAAUCUGUGCACUCGCCUUGGAAGCCAACCCGAAGCUCACCUGGCGUGACAUGCAGCACCUUGUUGUAAUGACAUCUCGGCCUGAGCCACUGCUGGGAGAGGAGGGCUGGACAACUAAUGGGGUCGGCCGUAGAGUCAGCCACAAAUUUGGUUAUGGCCUGAUGGACGCAGAUGCCAUGACAGCUCUGGCAGAACAGUGGACCACUGCUCCACCACAACAUGUUUGCCGGUCUGACACGGAAGAUGCUGGAUGGACCAUUCCGAACCGUCAAGGAGAACGGCUGGAGGUGCAAAUGAAUGCCAGUGGCUGUUGGGGUCGGCGCGACUCGGUACGCUUUUUGGAACAUGUCCAAGUGGUGCUGUCGCUUCAGUUCCUGCCCCGUGGAAAUCUUCGCAUCACUCUCGUCUCUCCCCUGGGCACCCACUCUCAUGUCCUGCUUCCUCGGUCUUACGAUGCCAAGGAGGACACCUUCAACAACUGGCCCUUCAUGUCUGUACACUUCUGGGGCGAACCAGCACCUGGCACAUGGCGUCUCAUAAUCACCAGUGAUGGACCACGCCGCUCGCUGUUCCCAGGCAAGCUCAAGCACUGGUACCUCAUCUUCUAUGGCACUGACACAGACCCCAUCAAGUUGCGUCCACGGCCACACAGCUCAUACAUCAUUCGAGACACAGGGGCAGCCCAGGCAAGCAGCAGCCGCCUGGCACGCAACCCAUGUGAUGCCGGAGAACAGGGUGAUUGUGUGGAGACAUGCCCCAUGGGAAAGUUUGUGAGCCGGGAAAGCUUCACAUGCGAGAACUGUCACGACAGCUGCACGUCAUGCUAUGGCCCAUCUGAGAGCAACUGCCUCUCCUGCCCCCCAGGAAAGCACCUGACACCAGAGGGUUCCUGCUGGCAUGAGUGCCCUGAUGGAACAUAUGCAGAUUCGAACUUACGACAGUGUGUGGAGUGUGACUUGAGCUGUUCAAAAUGUGUGAACUCAUCAUCAAACUGCAUGGAGUGCCAGAAAAAUUACUUCAGUUUGGGCAACAUGUGUGUUGGCUCUUGUCCAAACGGCACAUACUCGUCCCCAAAAGAGAGGAUAUGUCGUCGUUGCCAUGACACGUGCAGCACAUGCCAUGGCCCUUUUCCUCAGGAUUGUGUCACAUGCCCUGAAGGACUCUGGUCUCACAAAAACCAAUGCUUCACGCACUGCCCUCCCAAAUUCUACGGUGGCCCAGAUGGCUUUUGUCGCAGCUGCAAGGCUCCUUGUGUGGAGUGCUCAUCUCUGACAAGCUGCAAGACUUGUGUAUCAAGUUACAAGAGUGACAACACAACUUGCAAAUUGGCUUUCACUGACUGUGGUGAUGGCUACUACAGCCCCCAUGGAAAUUGCUACAAGUGCCACGAUAAUUGCAAAACUUGCUAUGGUAGAACUGAAAAUGAGUGCUUAAGCUGCCCACCUGGCAAGUUCUGGUAUCAUGGACGCUGCAUGAGCGAGUGCCUGUUGGGAUUCUUUGUAGACACCACCAAGACAUGCGUGCCUUGCUAUGGCACCUGCAGCCGUUGCAAGGGACAGGGUCACGCUGAUUGCACGGCCUGCCUUUUCGAUCUUAUUCUGCACAAAGGGCAGUGCAUUCACGAGUGCCCGCCGGGUUUCUUUCAGGACUUGGCAACCAAGACCUGCUUACGCUGCCAUGCUGGGUGCAACACAUGCUUUAAUGCAUCGGCAGCAUCGUGUCUUUCUUGCAAACCUGGUUAUGCCCUUCACCACACCACCUGCCGGAGCUUACCCUGUCCUAGCGGCACCUAUCUCCGCCAGACAGCCAUGGCUGUGUCUGAGUGCAUCAAGUGCCACUACACCUGCUCCCAUUGCACAGGACCGGGCCCUAGUUCAUGUUCAGCUUGCUCCAGCAAGGCUCUCCUUUCUGGGAACACCUGUGUGCCAUGCCUCUUUGACGAGUACUUAUCGUCUGCAAAGAAAUGUGUGAAGUGCAAGCCACCAUGCUAUUCCUGUCAUGGUCCUGGUGAGGAUCAAUGCUUGACCUGCCUUGGGGACCUGAGCCUGGACCCUGUCACGUGGCGCUGUCUACCAUGUUGCCAAGGUGCCAAGGUGGCUCAUGAGGCGACCAAGAACUGCUGUGUAUGCGACAAUAUUACCAGAAAAUGUUUGACAGGAGCCGAGCAGCUGCGAAGCACCUCGUGGCUGGUGCGAGACGGUAUCACCAACACCUACAACCUCUCGGUGCAGCGUGUCACCAUGACAGUGGUGGUCAUUUGUGUGGGAGCAGUGGUGAUGUUCUUUGUGUUGUUUGGCCUGCUCGAGUGGUCCUCAUCGAGCGGCUCCACAGGCACUUGCUUCCGCAAGUCUGCCUUGGCACAACUGCGCCGAGCAGGCAAUGGCUACACGCGCCUCUCAGGAUCCCUAAAAAAUGCUGAUAGAGCCCGCUUUGAGGUGGAGGCUGAGAAGGUGGCAUUGACCCGCAGUGAUGGUAUGGAGGAAGAUGAUGAAGAUGAUGAAGAGAUCUUCCACAAGACAACAUAGCCCAAGGGCAGUCACUGAGACCAAUGAUGUAGGACCAACCCACUGAAUGGUUUCGGAAAAGAGUGGCUCAUCAGAUCGAGAGUGUCCGAGGUCGAGCCACCACUUGUUGGUGCAAGAGUGCGUGACACCAGGCCGAGGGGAUGGCAGAGCAGCAAAGCAAAACCUAUACAGAAUGUGCCACAUGUGCGUCACAAAGGCAUCAGUGAGCAGAAAAACAUCACAAAUGUGGGGAGCGAAGUUGCAACUCCCCCGCAGUAAAAGGCUUAACUAAGAGGGCUGGAACAUGAAGCGCCUUGAAGCCCUUGCAGGCGGCUGUGGGAUUGAAGGCAUAGCUGUUAUUCAUUUUGGGCUUCCCAAGGUAGUUUUUAAGAGCAACUUUUAGCAGCUUUUUUGCAUAUACUCCAAGCAUCUAUUUUUGUUGGCAUUACUGUAACGGAACUUUUCUUUUUUACCUGGGUGCCGUUGUUUCAAUUGUGCUGUAACAUGUUAUGUUGAAGUUGUGUAGGACAUCUUAAGCCUUUUUAAACAUCUUUUUAGGUUUUGAAUGCUCAUAGAAAUGUAAAUGGUGACAUGUUCUGGUUAUGGACGAGCUGACUCAGUGACCGAAUUAUUUUACAUUUUAGUUCUUUUGCAUUUGCCCCAUGUCUAGGUUACAACCCAUCUUGAGCGCAAUGUUAUAAACUGAAUUUGGACAUGCACAAAUCGUAGUAAGAACAAGAUGUCAGCAUGGGGGAAAGUGUUAACGCUUUUCAGUUUAAUAAUAUGUGUGCUGAAUUGUGUCUGGCUCCUGCUUAACCAAUACUGGCUAGGUUUGCUUAAACUUGAGUUGCGCUUCUACCAAGAGGCCUCACUUGCUGUUCUUAAGCAGGCACUGCAAGAAUUUCAAAAGGCAGGAAGUUCUCUCGUUUCAGGAGAACUCAUAAACUUCCCAAUGUUUGAUUUUGUGAGCUGCUUUCAACUGGAAAUCGCUUAUGUUGAAAUCAUUUUGAUGUGUUAUGAAGUGCAAUAUUAUAUGUUGGCAUUGUGUUCUAGGCUGUCAUAGUAUACAGCUUCUGAUCUUCUUCCGUUUUGUGCUUUGGGAAUAGUAGUGCAGGUGGUUGUGUUGUGUGUUCGCAACAAGUGACUUACCAAGUGCCAAAAAAAAGGGGGGGUAAAGGAAAAUGAAGUUAAAGGACAGUUGUGAGGGAGCACUGAUUUAAUUGCCUUAAUAUCUUUCCAGCACAGUACCGAGGGUAGCAGUGCAGGCCACUGCCUCGCCUGUCUUUUGCUGUUUGUGGUAGUAGCUUCCGGUUACUGUUGGCUGCAUCGUUGAUUUCACACACACCAUACUCGCACAAGUCUUUGCUUCUGCCACCUGCAGGACGCACAUUCUAUAUCAAAGCGUGUGCAAGUACUCUCUUUUACAUGCAAGAAAUUGUGAUGGUUGCUGUUGUGUCAUGUCACGGCAUUAUCGGCCAGAAGUUGCUGCUCAGCUCAAGCAGCCGAGUCGGCUCAUGUUUGCAUGGCGCACUACUUUUACUAUUUGGACACUGCUUGAACAUUGUUUGGUUCCUGCACCUUCCGCUUAACUUUUUUUUUUUUCUGUGCCUGCAUGUGUUGUCGAGACUUUGUAACGCUGAACCGUGUCACAACCAAGUGUAUGAACUUUUUCAUGUGUUCACCUGUUUCUUUUUCUUUUUAUGAGCUUUUGUUGUCAAAAGGCUGUGCAGUUGCUGAGCACCUAUUAACAACGCACAUACCUUUCAUGUUCUUAUCUUUAUUAUUAUUUUUUUGGUAAUAGUGGGAGGACUAAUCGAAAAAGGCUGCUGCGCUACUGCAUCAUUGCACUUUCGUGCACACCUCCUAUAGCUACUGGAGGUGUUAUUUUUGUAAGACAUUAAGUGAUGCAAGGCUGUGGUUAGAACCAUAUGAUGUUGCAUUCCAGUAUCGUGGACUCUGUUUUAAUGUGCAGGAGCUCUCUUUUUAUUGUAAAGUGUGUGCAUGUGUGCCUGAAAGUGUGUUUCUUAACUCAGAGGCGCGUGUAAGUUUGCUGUUGCACUGCACGAAUUUUUGUCUAUCGCAAAAGGGACGGACAGGGAUGGACUUGUUGGGUGGCUGUAGUGGGGUGUUGCUGCAUUGCGACGUGCUCUGUGGCGCUGCUUGUGGCUAGGUUUUUUACAGUGGUUAGACCAUUGGUUAUUUUGAAAGUGUGAAUGCUUUAGACACUGUUGGCACAAAUCCAUUGACAGUAUGAUUCAAGUUGCUAUCUGAAAACGAGCAGCAGCCUCAAGCAGCAGGAGCAGAAGAAACGCCUACGAGUUUCAGCCAACCAGUAUUCACUCCACCACUCUAAUUCUUAAGUGUACUGAAAGCGCGAAAUAAAGCGCAUUUAGUAUGCAUCUUCAGUAGUGUUGCUAAAACAUUUGUAGCAGUUCAUUUAUCAAGUUCAGUCUGGCAGAAGGAAGUGGCAUCAUAUUUUUGUGAUGGCUUGGUGCUUAAGAAAAAUGUAAGACACGAAAAAAAUAUAUAUACAAUCCCUGAUAAAAGGCAUACAAAAGAGAAUGACCUGUGAAACAAAUUAUCUGCUCUUGGCCUUCUGUCUUGCAAAGUUAGUUGACAAAUUCAGCAGCUUAUAAUUUGCUUACUUUCUGGUGCAACUUCUACUCCUACUCGGUGGACUUGUGCCAUUGCAUUUGUCACGAUACAUAUUCGCUGUUGCCUGCGCGUAUUUUCACAAUGCUCCACAAAUGUUUUCUAGGUCACAAAACUUACUGGCUCAGUCGUACUCAAAUGUUCAAUUCAGUAUGCUUCUCCUCCCUCAGGAAUGUAGCGGCGGCAUCUUUCAUGGGAGUUAUAGUGUUGACUCUUUUAUUCUUUUCUGUUUGGUGCAAACUUGAACAAAAUAAGGGGGAAAGAAAAGGAAGAGGACUGGCUGUAUUCAAUGUUUGCACAUUUGCUUUGAUGUACACUAUUGUGAACUAUGCAUAGAUGGUGUACGAAAUGUGGAAUUGGCAAUGUGUUCCAGCAUGUCGGUCUUUUCAAACAAUUCUGGUAUCUAGUCAGACGUGUAUUUGUCGAUUCAUUGCAAAUUAAUGCCAUAAAUAAUUGCAACUGUGUGCUUUCAAACAUUGUGUGGUGUGAGAGAUUAUACAAUGAAGUGUACAUCUGAAGAGGUUGAAAUAUACAGCCAAUUAUUGGA